AACUUUUUUUUUCCUUUCCUUUCACAUUCGAAACUCAUGCAUCUCCACGAAAUCAUCAUUGAGGGCUUCAAGUCGUACGCCCAGCGGACAACUGUGGGACCGUUCGACGAGCGCUUCAAUGCCAUCACGGGUCUCAACGGCUCUGGCAAAUCCAACAUCCUCGACUCGAUCUGCUUUGUGCUUGGCAUUUCAAACUUGACACAGGUCCGCGCUGGCAACUUGCAAGAGCUCGUGUACAAGCAGGGUCAGGCUGGUGUCACCAAGGCCACCGUCACAAUUGUCUUUGAUAAUAUGGACAAAAAGUCCAGCCCAGUCGGCUACGAAGACUCUGAUCAGAUCACUGUCACUCGUCAGGUCAUCAUUGGCGGCCGAAACAAGUACUUGAUCAACGGUGUCAACGCCCAGCAACAGCGCGUGCAAAACCUCUUCCACUCGGUGCAGCUGAACGUCAAUAACCCACACUUCCUGAUCAUGCAAGGCCGCAUCACCAAGGUGCUCAACAUGAAGCCCCCAGAAGUCCUCUCCAUGAUUGAGGAGGCCGCCGGCACCCGCAUGUUUGAAAACAAGAAGGAGGCCGCCAUCAAGACGAUCGAAAAGAAGGAGAAGAAGGUCGAGGAGAUUAACAAGGUGCUCAACGAGGAGAUUACUCCCACGCUGGAAAAGCUUCGCAAGGAGCGCUCCGUCUACCUCGAGUACCAAAAGACACAGACCGAGUGCGACCAGCUGGCGCGCUUUGUCAUUGCAUUUGACUACAGCAACGCAGAUCGCGCCGUCCACGAGAGCACGAGCGAGCUGCAGCAAGCCAAGGAGGAGACUGAGCGCCUCAAGCUGACAUCCCGCAACAAGGAAAGCAAGGCGAUCGACCUCGAGCAGACCAUUGCCGUCCUGGCGCACAAGCGCGACCAAGAGUCUGGUGGCUCGCUGCAAGACUUGGACCGGCAUGUCGCUGACCUGUCCAAGGAGCUCGUCAAGGCCAACUCGGCUGCCACAAACCGAAAGGAAGUGCUCGAGUCCGAGCGCAAGGGCAAGGCCAGCCUGCUCAAGGCGCGCAAGGACCUCGACGCUGCCAUCGUUGCCAAGGUUGGCGAGAAGGAUUCGGCCACUGCUGCCCUUCAAGCUGCCAAGCAGGAAAGCGACCAAGCCACCCAGCAGGUCGAGCAGUUGCAGCGUCGUGCGCACGGUUUCUCCUCCGACAAUGGCACCGGCCGCGUCAAGACGUUUGCCGACGAGCUGAUGGAGGCCAAGCAGGACGCUACCGCGGCAGUGACGGAGCAGAAGGAGGCCAAGAUCAAGAUUGCCCACAGCCAGAGCGAACUUGUCAAGAAGGAAAAGGACACCAAGGCCACCGAGAAGGAGUACUCCAAGGUCCAGACAGAGCUCGAGCAGUGCAAUGCCUCGAUUGCAAGCUUUGAGGCAAAGCUUGCCGAGGCCAACGUCGAUCCCAAACGUGAAAGCGAACUUGGCGCCGCCAAGGCCAAGGAGCAGGCCAUCGUGACCGAGCUCAAGGACAAGUGCGAUGCGCUCUCGGCCAAGGUCGCCGCGCUCAACUUUAACUACUCCGACCCCGAGCCCAACUUUGACCGCAGCACCGUCAAGGGUCUGGUUGCGACGCUGGUCACCGUUGACAAGCCCCAGGUGAAUGCCACUGCGCUCGAAAUCACCGCCGGCGGUCGCCUUUACAAUGUCGUAGUUGACCGCGACUCGACUGCCCAAAAGCUGCUGAGCAACGGCCGCCUGAAGAAGCGCGUCACCAUCAUCCCGCUGAACAAGAUCCAGGGCAGUCGCCUGCCGCAAGACAAGGUCAAGUUGGCCGAGCGUGAAGUGGGCAAGGAGAAUGUGUCUCUUGCUCUCUCGCUUGUUGGCUACGACGAGGAGCUGGAAGCGGCCAUGACCUACGUGUUUGGCUCGACGCUUGUCUGCAAGACGCUCGAGAUGGCUCGUCGCAUCACCUUCAACAACAACAUUCGUGCCCGCACGGUCACUCUGGAUGGCGAUGUUUGCGAGGCCUCUGGUACCUUGACGGGCGGCUCGACAACCCCUGCUUCAUCUUCCGUUCUCAAUCAACUGGCCGAGCUGCAAACCCUUCGUGAGCAAUUGCAGACUGCCGAGGCACGCCUGAAGAAGAUCACUGAAGAGCUUGCUGCUCUGCGUGCCGCCAACGAGCGCACCUCCAAGACAUCUCGUGACUUGGAUCUGGCACGGCAUCAAUCGACCUUGUUGCAAAAGCGCCUGCAGCAAAAUUCCCACCAUGCCGUGUUGGAGGAGAUUACGCGCCUUCGUGCCGAGAUUGCUCGUCUCGAGCAAGUGCUGGUGGAUGCUGCCGCGCGCGAAAAGGCUGCCAACGCCCGAAGCGUGCGAAUUGAAGGCGACAUGCAGUCUUUCAACUCCAAGCACAACUCUGAAGUCAAGAAGGCUGAGGCCGAAAUCAGCAAGGCCAAGACCGCUGCAACCAAGGCUGCCGAGGCUGCCAAGACCAAGCAGGGCCAGCUGGAGAUGAUUGAGCUUGAGCUGACUGAGCUCCAAAAGGAGCUGGCCCAGGCGAUCGAGCAACUCGCUCAGUCCGAGCAAGCCAUCGAAGCUGCUGCCCAAGAGGUUGAGCAGGCCGAGACGACUUUGGCUGCCAAGCGCGAGGCGUAUGAUGCCGCCAAGCUCGAUCUUCAGCGCAAGAAGGAGAAGAUUAGCGCCACCGACAGCGAGAUUGCGGCUCUCACCCGAGAGGCUGAAGCUUGUCGCAAGGCAUGCACUGAUGCCGACAUUGACCUGAAGAAGGUGCAGCACAACGUGACGCAAAUGCAGCAAACACUGAAGGAGGCAACAAAGCUUGUGGAGCGACUCUUGACCAAGCACGAGUGGAUUGCCACCGAAAAGGCCUUCUUUGGCGCCAAAAACAUGCCUUACGACUUUUCCGAGCAAGAUCCCGAGGCUGCUCGCCGCCGCUUGCUCAAGCUCGAGGAGACGCAACAAAAGCUGCAAAAGUCCAUCAACAUGAAGGUGCUCAACAUGUUUGGCAAGGCCGAGCAAGAAUACAACGACCUCAUGAAGAAGAAGAAGAUUGUCGAGAACGACAAGAGCAAGAUUGAGGCCGCCAUUCAAGAGCUCGAUGUCAAGAAGAACGAGGCCUUGAAGAAGACUUUUGAGCAAGUCAAUCGCGACUUUGGCUCCAUUUUCAGCACCCUGCUGCCUGGGACCAACGCCAAGCUGUCCCCUCCGGAAGGCCAGUCGGUCCUCAGCGGUCUGGAAGUCAAGGUUGCGUUUGGCGGUGUCUGGAAGGAAAGCCUCACCGAGCUCAGUGGUGGCCAGCGCUCGCUGGUGGCCCUUUCUCUCAUUCUCUCGCUGCUGCUCUUCAAGCCCGCGCCCAUGUACAUCUUGGACGAGGUGGAUGCGGCGCUGGACUUGUCGCACACGCAGAACAUUGGCAACAUGCUGCGAACGCACUUUUCGCAAUCUCAGUUCAUUGUCGUCUCGCUCAAGGACGGCAUGUUCAACAAUGCCAACGUGCUAUUCAAGACCAAGUUUGUCGACGGCGUCUCGACCGUGUCACGGACGGUUCAAUUGCAAAAGCAGCUGCCCCGCGCACAGCAGCAAAACCGCGGCUUCAAGCCCGUCCCUGCGAUCGCCUCGGGUAGCAACACCACAAGCGCGCCUGCCGCGACCUCGGCCGAAACCGACGACCUGCUCAACGACAGUGAAGAAGAUGACGACGAGAACAUGCCCAAGAACAAGGGCAAGGGUGCUGCCAAGCCCCGAAGCAAGGCAACUGGUGCUUCGCAAAACCGCGCUGCAGCCAUGCGCUUGUAACAAGGACCUGCUGUUGAAAGUCGAACAAAGACUUGUUGAUUGAAUAGGAAUUGGUUUGGAUUGUUGCGGAAUGAAAUGUUAUGAUAUUGGUUGGUUUUUUGGUUGAACUGUUGUUGUUUUUUUGGAUGUUGGUGAUUUGUCUUUUUUGUUAUGCACGCCUCGAUAAUGAAAAUUGAAAAUUGAAAAUUGGAAA